GGCCCUCGGCAGCCCCGGCCCCGGCCCCGGCCCGCGCGCGCCCCCGCCGAGCGAGCGAGCGAGCGGACGAGCGAAGAUGGUGGGCCGCAACAGUGCCAUCGCCGCGGGCGUGUGCGGCGCCCUCUUCAUCGGCUACUGCAUCUACUUCGACCGCAAAAGGGGGAGCGACCCCAACUUCAAGAACAGGCUGCGAGAACGAAGAAAGAAACAAAAGCUUGCUAAGGAGAGAGCUGGGCUUUCAAAGUUACCUGACUUAAAGGAUGCUGAAGCUGUUCAGAAGUUCUUCCUUGAGGAGAUACAGCUUGGUGAAGAGUUAUUAGCACAAGGUGACUACGAGAACGGUGUAGACCACCUGACAAAUGCGAUUGCUGUGUGUGGGCAGCCUCAGCAGCUGCUGCAAGUGUUACAGCAGACUCUCCCACCACCAGUGUUCCAGAUGCUUCUGACCAAGCUUCCAACCAUUAGUCAGAGAAUUCUAAGUGCUCAGAGCUUGGCUGAAGAUGAUGUGGAAUGAGCCAGAUAUCAACACUAUAAAAUCUGUUAAAAAUGAUUUAACCAUUAGCUUGGAAGCUGCUCGGCUCUGGGGGAAUAAGGGCAAAUGUGCUUGUCAUGAACUGUCCUACACUGAAGUCUACCAAAGUGAAUGUGAACUUUGAGUAGAUCCAUUGUCUGUUCUAUUUAUUUUUUCCAGUGAAAAGUAUUUUGAUAGGACUUUUCAUUUUAUAAAUACACUGAGUUAACCAAAA